AUGGAUUCUUCCUCCUUCGUCUCCCCUCUCUGCCGCUCGCCGAUGUCGCUCUCCCGGACUCGCAGCCGUAGGUGGCGUCAGAGUCGGACUGGUGUCGCCGUGGUUGUGGUGGCUGCGCUCGUGAUUUCCACUACAGCCUGGCUGUCUCUUGUAUUUUCUGGUACCACUGCUCGUUGUUGGCAUAGGUUUAGGAAUUGGGAAGGCAGUCCGCAUACUCUCCCAUGGAAACCACAGAGUCAGAAUCUAGUGCUUUCCGCCAAGGUUGAGGAAGAUAAGAAUUUGUUUCGAGAAGGAAUUUUGAAUUUCUCCGCCGCUCCACACGCUAUUCAAUUAGGGAGAAAUAGGGGCCUAUCGGAAGCGGAGAGACGAAGAGAUGAAGCAGGGCUAGCGUUGAAUCAUAUAGUUUUCGGCAUUGCAGGAUCUUCUCAGUUGUGGAAAAGAAGGAAGGAGUUUAUAAGGCUUUGGUGGAGAAAGAAUUCAAUGCGGGGUCAUGUUUGGUUAGAAGAGCGAGUGGAUGAGAAAGAAUGGGAUGCAUCAUUGCCUUUGAUUAUGAUUUCGGAGGAUACUUCUCGGUUUCGGUACACCAAUCCGACCGGACAUCCUUCUGGGCUUCGGAUUGCGCGCAUUGUGUCAGAAACUUUUCGUCUAGGUUUGUCUGAUGUUCGGUGGUUUGUUUUGGGAGAUGAUGAUACUAUUUUUAAUGUGGAUAAUUUGGUUGAUGUAUUGAGUAAAUAUGAUUAUAACGAAAUGGUUUAUAUUGGUGCUCCUUCGGAGAGUCACUCUGCGAAUACUUAUUUUAGUCAUAAUAUGGCUUAUGGAGGUGGAGGGAUUGCUAUAAGUUAUCCUCUUGCCGAGGUGCUUUAUAGUGUUCUUGAUGAUUGUGUUGAGAGAUAUCCUAAGUUAUAUGGAAGUGAUGAUAGACUCCAUGCUUGUAUUUCGGAGCUUGGUGUUCCUUUAUCUAGAGAACUUGGGUUUCACCAGUGGGAUAUUAGGGGUAGUACUCAUGGUCUUCUAUCUGCACACCCGAUUGCGCCCUUUGUGUCAAUUCAUCAUGUUGAAGCUGUGGAUCCUAUAUACCCUGGGUUGAACUCAUUGGAUAGUUUGAAACUCUUCACAAAGGCCAUGAAGGUUGACCCUAUGAGCUUCUUGCAGCGAUCAAUCUGUUAUGACCGGGCACGCCGCCUUUCUUUUUCUGUCUCACUUGGUUAUGCUGUCCAAGUGUUCCCAAGCCUUGUGCAUCCCCGGGUGCUUGAGCGUUCAGAAAUUACAUACUCUGCUUGGAACAAGAUUCGUAAUCUGAAUGAGUUUGAUUUGGAUGCUAGGAAUCCUUCCAAAUCUGUCUGCAAGAGUCCGGUCCUCUUCUUCUUAGAAGAUGUGGAAAGACAAGGCAACGCUACUUUGGGUACAUAUGUGCGGGCAAUAAUAAAAGAUGAUUUGAAAAGAAAAUUUUUCUGCUUUCCUCGUUCGGCUCCUCUUCCUUAUGUGGAGCGUAUUCAGGUGUUGGGGUAUCCUCUGAAGAAGAACUGGCAUUUGGUGAGUUCCUUAUUGUAUUAG